AUGGCUUCCUACCAGAAUGGAAAUCCCAUGUACGCGCCGGAUCAGUUCAUGAAUCCGGGGCCGGCUCCCCCCCCCCCUACUGAUCGCCCAAAAUUGACUCUCCCCACCAAUAACACCAAUAACAAUGUGGCCACCUCCUUCAACCAAAUGUCCCUCAAUUCGCCCAGUACCCCCGGCGCCGGAAACCUCUCGCUCUUCCCCAACACCAGCACCCCAUCUUUGACCCGGAGCCAGACCGGAGGCCAGGGUGGGGUCGCAAUCGUGAAAGAAGGAUUCGUGCGGUGUAAGGAGGACAAGUUCUUAGCCACCUGGAACCAGCGUUACUUGAUCUUGCGCGAAUCUCGCAUCGAAUUUAUGAAAAAUGAAUCCGGCAAAAUUGUCACCAACUUCCCCUUGACCACCGUCACCUCCGUUUCUCGUUCCGAAGAUACCAAGAUGGCCUUUGAAAUCACCCGCCUAGCGAACCCCAAGGAUGCGAACUCCAAGACGGCAAUGAUUACUCGAGAUGUCGCGACCAAGACCAUCACCUGCGAGGUGAGAUCCGAUGACGAGAUCUAUGAGUGGAUCGACAAAAUCUACGAGCGCUGCCCCGGCAUGGGUGGUGUUAGUAACCCAACAAACUUCAGUCACCGCGUCCAUGUCGGCUUUGAUCCGCAAACCGGCGCCUUCGUAGGAUUGCCCCCAGAGUGGGAGAAACUUCUCACGGCCUCGGCCAUUACCAAGGAGGACUACAAGAAGAACCCCCAAGCGGUCAUCGAAGUUCUAGAGUUCUACUCCGAUAUCAAGAUGCGCGAGCAGAAUCCUCAGUACUACGGUGGUAUGAAUGGACCAGCUGGCUCACAACCCAAGGCCCUCGGCAGCAACAACGUAGGCAGUUCCAUUGCUCCUCCUCGACCUCCGCCACCAGGCCCUCUGCAACGUCUCGACAGCGGACAAUCUAAAACUUCAAUGGACAGCUCCAUGCGCUCAAACACAUCGUCACCUGGACAAUCACAGGGUGGGGACCGUGCUAUGGAGCAGCAGCAACAAUUGGAGCGUAUGAAGGAGAUGGCCGACCAGGAGCGUCGCCGUGUGGAGGAAGAACAACGCCGCAAGGACGACGAAGCAUACAACGCCUCCCUGCCCCAGUCGCGGCCUCCAAUGGCCAAGCAAGAGCUUGGAGGCUAUGGUGGAGAGCCCUCCCCCAUGAACAGCCGCUACCAACCCAGUCGUCCUGCCCCUCAGGCCCCUGGCGCUGGUGCUCGAGCUCCAGGACAAGAUCCUCGCCAACUCACCGCACAGCGUCCCGCCCCCCCCUCCUCCAUCGCAGAGCCCCUAUGGACAAGGUGCUCCCGCACCCCCGGUGGCUCCCGCAGCGAAGACCAGGGCUCGCCUAAUCGUUAUCCCGCUAAUGAUCCUCGGUCUCAGGCCGCCAACCGUCCUCAGAACGGUGUCCAGGCCGUGAAGCCGCUGAACAUUGCCAACAAGCAGACUUCUACCAAACAAGCCGUUCCUGAUAGUGUUCGUCAAGCGGAGGCUGCACUUUCUAAGAAGCCAGAGCCGCGACAAAAGGAGGUGCGCAUGUCGGCAAUGACGGAGAAUGAAGUGAUGGAUCGAUUGCGAACUGUUGUAUCCAAGGACAACCCCAAUGAAUCGUACAGCAAGCAGCGCAAGAUUGGCCAGGGUGCUUCCGGAUCAGUCUACGUGGCGCGGGUUAAGGAGAAUGCGCCAUCGCCUGUGGCUCAUGAGCUGUACAGACAGUAUGGCCCACGCUGCCAGGUCGCUAUCAAGCAGAUGGAUCUACGCAGCCAGCCGCGAAAGGAGCUGAUUGUGAACGAGAUUAUCGUCAUGAAGGACAGCCAACACCCCAACAUUGUCAACUUCCUGGACUCAUUCCUGCAAGAAUCGAGCAACGAGCUCUGGGUGGUGAUGGAAUUUAUGGAAGGUGGUGCAUUGACAGACGUGAUCGACAAUAACCAAGUGAUUUCCGAGCAUCAAAUCGCCACCAUCUGCUCUGAGACUUGCAAGGGGCUGGCCCACCUGCACAGCCAGAACAUCAUUCACCGAGACAUCAAGAGUGACAACGUUCUCCUUGACCGAGUCGGCCACGUCAAAAUCACCGAUUUCGGUUUCUGCGCUAAACUCACCGAGUCCAAGAGCAAGCGCGCCACAAUGGUCGGAACUCCAUACUGGAUGGCGCCAGAGGUCGUCAAGCAAAAGGAGUACGGCCCCAAGGUCGACUGCUGGUCUCUGGGUAUCAUGGCCAUUGAGAUGAUCGAGUCCGAGCCACCUUACCUGAACGAAGAGCCCCUGAAGGCUCUCUACCUAAUCGCAACAAACGGAACCCCUCGCCUGAAGAAACCGGAGAAGCUUAGCAAGGAGCUCAAGGCUUUCCUCAGCGUUUGUCUGUGUGUCGAUGUCCGCAGCCGUGCCACUGCGGAUGAACUCCUCGCCCACGAAUUCUUGCAGACUGGCUGCAGCCUCGCCAGUCUGGCUGAACUUCUUAGGUGGAAGAAGGCCAAUGGCCAGUAA